AUGGACCGCGCGAGCACUGACUCCGCUCCGGGCCUCGACCCUAACAACUUCCUCGAUAGCUGGGACUUCACCACCAACACCAACACCCAUAAUCCCAAUUUCGCCUGGGACAAACAUACUCUGGACAAUCUCCCUGAGCUAGAUCCGUACCAGGACUCCAACGAAGGCGAUGCCGAGCUGCUCGAGUUAAUCGCCGCGCAGGGUCCUCCCAGUCGCGACAGCCUCGACCAGUCCGUCAUCGAUUCCGCCAGUCUCGACUUCAGUGGCUCUGCAGGCCUCUCCGAGCGAGUGAGCUUCGUUGGAGGUACUUUCAGUCCGAGAACAUACCAAGCUGCCGACGACACCUCGCUCCCUGACAAUGGCUGGAACUCGUUCCAACUGCCCACCAACAUGGGUCUAGCUAUGCCUCUGGAUGCGGCGUCCUACAGCAAGGAAACUGUCGAUCCGAACGAUGCCGUGAUCGUCGAUGAUAACGAGUUCGGAAUGCGCGGCAUGUACCAAGACUAUCAGCAACAACACCAUACAUUAUCGUCUUAUCAACAGCUGCGCCGGUCGUUUUCAUACAAUAAUUCCAGAUGGAACGAUCGCGUCAACCACCUGAAUGUGUUCGCUCAAAACCAGUUGCCCAUUUCGCCGCCACUAGACGCUCAAUCUGAGAAAGAUAGCGUACAGAUGAACAGCGCUGGACUAGAUCAACAAUGGUUCGCCGGUGUGGACAUGUCGCAUUCGACGAAAUUUCCGGGUGAAUACUCGCGCAUGUCGCAGGGUUUGUCCACUUACGAUGGCUCUCAGCCUGUGAAGCUUGAGCAUUCGAAUGGUUCAAGCAGCCCGUCUAUGCCUGAUAACAGCUCGAUUGCUUUGGACGCCUAUUCGAUUGGUAAUAACGAUAUCUCCAUUACAUCAGAGUCGGCCACCAAAGAUGACCUACAGGUGGUGGACUGGGAUGAGCCAACCUCGCAGGACAACAGCUUGGCAGCAUCGCCGGAAUUUCCGAAAGUGAGCGGGUUCAUGGUAAGUCAGGAUUUGUCGGAUAUUUCGCCCAUUUCCCUGGAAGCAAACAGCCAGAGCCUCCCGCCCCGCCACACUCUCGGGUUGCAGCCUGUCUCUGGCGCGCGCAGGCGGAAACAGCGUGGCUCGGUUGUGAGCAUUGAGCAGAUCCACAAGCCUCUACCCCUUCAGAUUGUUCAAGAGGAUGGACUAGGCGGUGCCAUAUCGUCGGAGGAUUUUGUAUCUCCUCCGCGAGGUGCUCGCCGUAAGGGUCCGCUCAGUACUGUGGGCAGAGCCAAUGCGGGAUUGAGACGAAAGAACAAGGACACUUGUGUCCAAUGCCGCCUGAACAAACGAAAGUGCGAUGGCAAUGCUCCUUGCGAUGCCUGUCGACCAACUCUUCACGAGCAGCCUUGUGCACGCGCUUGCUUUGCCAGUAUUGUGGAAUACGGCACUUGCAACUACAUAUCUCAACGAGCCAUCAACCAUGUAACGCGUAACGGGACGGAUCAACGAGUUAGAAUUGAGAUUCCAUCGGCAUUCGACUUGCACAAGCUAGUUGCCUUCUUAGGCGAACGGCGCGGUAAAUUUAAUAUCCGCGCUAGUCAAUCCUGGGGCUCGCUUUACGUUCUCGAUCUAGGAGAGACGUACAAGUUUUUGAAAGGCUUGAGCGAGUAUAGCGACAACUCACAGUCGACGUUCUUGGAGUUCAUUGACCACCGCAUCAUCGACUCGAAGGACAAGUCCAAGAACUGGCUCAGCUGCGUCAAAGACUGCGAUCCGAUGAAUAACGUUUACCAACUUCUUUCACAAUGGAACAACAUGCCCAGCCGCGCUUCAUAUAGCUUCGUCUCCUUAGACGGCUCGUCUGAGGAGCAACUCAUGGAUGUUAGCAGCGCCGAAGACCGCGAGGACAUCCUUCUCGCCGCCCAGCUAUCCCGCAUCGUCUGCCGUAUGCUAGAGGUCGAAGGCUUCCGCAAGCUAGAACGCGACUUUUACAACAUCAAAUGGAAGCGCAUCACCCCUGACGCCCAUAUGCGAUUCCUCGAGGAACUGGGCCACAUCCUCCUCUCCCUGCGCUGGCGCGUCUCCUGGUGGCGCCGUCUCGGCGAUGGUGGAGCCAACCCUGACCCCAGCCAGCAACACUAUGUUGACCGCGUCGACCAUUUAUGUCAGAUCCUCUACGUAUACUACACCAACGUCCUCGCAAAACUCCCAUCCUGGUCCGCCUCCGACACUGCCCUGAAGGGGAAAUGGUCACGAUACGCCGACACCGAGAAUGAGAUCUGGGACGACUACCCUGCCGACACCACCGAGAACGGCUUCGUUCAGUGGAUGGCGCGUGGGAGAGAACUCAUUGAACAGGCCGGCAGUCCACACCGUGUAUCGAGUCACAUCAAGACGUAA